AAGGAAAUUAUUAAGAGCAAACGCAGAGAAACCUUAACGAACCGUGUUUUUGUCUGUAACCAGAAACCGAAGCCACACACUCUGUUCUCUUUCUCAUGCGUGUAACUGAACUCACAUAGUGCUGUUGUUCGUGUAUAUACAAAAACCAACACCAACCACAAAAAAAAAAAACUUCAUUUUCUCAAUUAUUACCCUUAGUCCUUAAGCCUUGAAAAUGCAUUGAAUUCUUGUACAUGCAUCAUCACAGAGUGAACCAUUGGCGAAAUUUCUGUGAGCUCUUUUGAGAAGGAAGGGAUCUGUGAUCUGUGAUUGAUUGGUUAAACUUAAGAAUUUAUUGAGGAUAACUGCAAUUGCGGCCGCAACAUAACGGGUUUUGGAGUCCUCACAUUGGCAUCGUGACAGCAAUUGGGGCUGCGUCAACUUGCAUUUGUCUGCAAUUCUAAGUAAAUCGUGACCGCAAUUUAAAACCCUGGCAUGGCAGAAACCGUCUCGGGUUCUGUGAUUGCUCGAGCUAAAAGUGAUGUGUCAGCAAUGAAGGAGACGCUUCGUGUGCAGCAGCAGCUUCUGCAGAAGCUCUAUGCUGAGUUGGAUGAGGAAAGGGAAGCCUCAGCCACUGCAACGAGUGAAGCGCUUGACAUGAUUCUGCGGUUGCAAGGAGAGAAGGCUGCGGUGGUGAUGGAGGCGUGUCACUACAAGAGAAUGGCUGAGGAGAAAAUGUGCCACUCGGAGGAAACCAUCGUGGCCCUUGAAGAGGUUGUGUGUCAGAAGGAGAUGGAAAUUGCAUCUCUGGAGUUUCAAGUGCAGGCUUAUAAGCAGAAGCUUCUUAGCUUGGGGUGUGAUUUCAGUGUAAGUGAGUUCGAGUUCCCGGAGGAUCUGAUCUUGAAUGGAAAUGAUCAAUUGAAUGGAGAAAAGGGUCAAUCUAGCAAUGUGAGAAGGAUGCAUUCAAUGCCUCCUAUUCAGUUUAAGAGUUCCCUCAAACUUGCUCUGAAGAGUGAGAGAUCACCUAGUCCAGUUUCUGAUGUGAUUCCUGAGGUAAUUUUGGAGAGCACUGAUCAGGAAGUUACUGCACCUAACUUGGAUUUGAGAAGAAAGUUAGGAGACUUUGCAUUUGGAAGUGGAAACCUUGAUUCAUAUUGGAACCAGAUAAAGAGGUUAGAUGAACAAGUGAAGGUGAUUUCAGAUUUUACUGAAGGAGAAGAAAAUAGUUCAGACUUGAGUAGUAGAAGGGGGAGGUCGAGUUCAUUUUUGUCACUGGCUAACAGGAUUAUAAGUGACCAACAAGACAGGUUUCAUUCUGCUAAUUCAGAUAGAAAAGAAGAUGCUAACCCUCCUUGCUUGCCGAAUGUUCAUGAUGUGUUUGAAGUCCCACAAGCUAGUGAAAAGCAUGAAAAUGAAAUCAGUGAACGUUUGAAGAAAAGGCUUGAGAAAUGGAAAUCUGAAGCAGAGAACAGGCUAACAAAACCAGAUCCAGUGUCUGAGGGAAUGGUUGAGUCAUCUCUUAAACAUGAUGCAGACAAGCAAAAGGGCGUGGUUAGAGUACACCGCGAAAUCAAAGCACCUAGCAUUAUAGAUAUGGUGACUAUCAAUGGCCUAAAAAAAGAAAUAACAGGUGUGGAGUGCAAUGCUCAAUCUGAGUUUCAAAAGCUGCAUCAGAGAAUUGAGAGGCUUGAGAGGGAGAGAAUUAGUCCAAGGCAUGAGAUUAUCCAUGAAGGGAAUGGUGAAGAGCAAUUGAGCCUAUUGAAGGAUGUGCAAAAUCAACUCAAGUUAAUACAGUCUGAGAUGAGAAGCUGGAAAACCAAAGAAGCCAGAAGCUGGAAAGCCAAAGAAGCCACUCCUAAGGAUGAUGAUGUGUCUUUGAGCCUUCUCCAACUCCAAGAGGCAAUGUUGCACUUUUGGCUGUGAUCAAGUAAUUGAAGAAUGACCAUCUCAGUUGACUAAUGAACUCACUGCAUCAUAUGACUUAGUCUGCACAGAAGAUUGCUUUGGGGUAUAGAAUUACAGCUUCUAAUUUGAAUAUAGUUGAUGAAAAAUGUAUACAUUUCCAUGACAACAUGUUGUACAUUAGGCACUAGGGUGAUGGCAAUUUGAAAUGCUUUCAGGUUUAAAUUUGAUUUCAUGUUUUGCUGAAUUGAAGAGGUUUUUGUAGUGCAAAAUGAAUAUAGAUAGUGUGCUUUUGACCCCCAUUUUA